CCUCACCGGACCCGGACGACUCUGCUCCCUGAAAGCCCCUCCCACGCUGUUCAUGACGGAAGGUUGCUCCGUAAGCCGUCUCUGACAUCGGCGAACUUCUUUUUUCUUCCCCUUCUCUCCUCCUUCUUUCUCCUCUCCUCUUCUCUUCUUCUCCUCUCCAUCUCUCUUCCAUCUUAUCUCCUCCUGGGGCAGCUAUCUUCUGCUGUAUUCAUCCUUCCCAUCUCUCCAACCAGUCUCCCCACUCUUCAUCAUGGCUGACCAGGCUGUUGCUGAUUUCGGCCUCAUCGGUCUGGCCGUUAUGGGCCAGAACCUGAUCCUCAACGCUGCUGAUCACGGUUUCACCGUCUGCGCUUACAACCGCACGACCUCCAAGGUUGACCGCUUCCUUGACAACGAGGCCAAGGGCAAGCCCAUCGUUGGUGCCCACUCCGUUGAGGAGUUCUGCUCCAAGCUCAAGCGCCCCCGCCGCAUCAUGCUCCUUGUCAUGGCCGGCAAGCCCGUCGACCAGUUCAUCGACUCUCUCCUGCCCUUCCUUGAGAAGGGUGAUAUCAUCAUCGACGGUGGUAACUCCCACUUCCCCGACAGCAACCGCCGUACCCGGGCUCUCGCCGAGAAGGGCAUCAGCUUCGUCGGCAGCGGUGUCUCCGGUGGUGAGGAGGGUGCCCGCUACGGCCCCUCCCUCAUGCCCGGUGGUAACGAGGCCGCCUGGCCUCACAUCAAGGACAUCUUCCAGAGCAUCUCCGCCAAGAGCGACGGCGAGGCUUGCUGCGACUGGGUCGGUGACGAGGGUGCCGGCCACUUCGUCAAGAUGGUCCACAACGGUAUUGAGUACGGUGACAUGCAGCUGAUCUGCGAGGCCUAUGACCUCCUCAAGCGUGGUCUCGGCUUGUCUGCCAACGAGAUCGCUUCCGUCUUCGAGAAGUGGAACACCGGUGUUCUGGACUCUUUCCUGAUCGAGAUCACCCGUGACGUCCUCAAGUACAACGACAACGACGGUGUUCCCCUCGUUGAGAAGAUCCUCGACAAGGCUGGCCAGAAGGGUACCGGCAAGUGGACCGCCAUCAACGCCCUUGACCUGGGCAUGCCCGUCACCCUCAUCGGUGAGGCCGUGUUCUCUCGUUGCCUGAGUGCCCUCAAGGACGAGCGUAUCCGCGCCAGCAGCCUUCUCAGCGGCCCUACCCCCGAGUUCACCGGUGACAAGCAGGCUUUCAUCGACGACCUGGAGCAGGCCCUGUAUGCCUCUAAGAUCAUCUCCUACGCCCAGGGCUUCAUGCUCAUCCAGGAGGCCGCCAGAGAGUAUGGCUGGAAGCUCAACAAGCCCUCCAUCGCCCUCAUGUGGCGUGGUGGUUGCAUCAUCCGCUCCGUCUUCCUGAAGGACAUCACCAACGCCUACCGCACCAACCCCGACCUUGAGAACCUGCUCUUCGACGACUUCUUCAAGGCUGCCAUCAACAAGGCCCAGUCCGGCUGGAGAAACGUUGUCAGCAAGGCCGCUCUCUGGGGUAUCCCCAACCCUGCCUUCAGCACCGCCCUCUCCUUCUACGACGGCUACCGCACCCGGGACCUCCCCGCCAACCUGCUGCAGGCUCAGCGUGACUACUUCGGUGCCCACACCUUCCGCAUCAAGCCCGAGCACGCCAACGAGAACUACCCCGAGGGUAAGGACAUCCACGUUAACUGGACCGGCCGUGGCGGUGACGUGUCCGCCUCGACCUACGUGGCUUAAAUAAGCAAAAACGAUGCAAUGCGCUGGACGUGGAGCCUCGCCCUAAACGAUGACGGUACACGCCGAGGAUCGGGAGAGUGGAAUUGAGCUCUCUCGAGCACAUAGAAUGAUGACGGAACCAAACAAAUGUCAAAAGGAUAUGGGAUAAUCCCAAUGUAUUUAGAUGAUGGGUUUACCUUUUUGCUUAUGCUGAAACGUAUGAAAUGAAUGUGUUUUAGUUGUUCAA